AUGCCUGAUCGCCCGCAGCCGGUGGACGAAAGUGAGUUUACAGAGGUGUUUCUGAAAGGCAGUGGUCCAGGUGGGCAGAAGAUCAACAAAACAUCCUCCGCUGUCCAACUGAAGCACCUCCCUACGGGCCUCGUCCUGAAAGUCCAAGCCACGCGCUCCCGCACCCAGAACCGCAAAAUUGCUCGAGAGAUGCUGGCUGAGCGGGUAGAAGAGCUCGAGAAGGGGAAGCAGAGCAGGGUGGCAGUUGUGAGGGAGACGAAGCAGAAGAGGAAGAGCAGUGCAGUGAAGAAGAGUAGGAGGAAAUAUAGGCUUUUAGAUGAGCUCAAAAUGAAGGGCCAGGAGGCGGUCAAUGAGAAGAAUGGCAAGACUGAGGAAGGCGAGCGCGGGGAGGGGAGAGACGUGUAG